GGCUUUUUGAACGCUAUUCGCCGAUAGAGUCGCCACCGAACAAGUUGUGGAAUUUACCCUGUCUUUCGCGAUAAUUUGCCUAGAGGAGGAAGGAACCAGGACGAGAUCAGGAAAUGGAGGAAGCGGUGCCGCGUUCCAAGCUGCUGGCGGAGGUGUUCCAGGGCAAUGGGAACGGAUGCGCCAGCGUGGACGCCACCCAAUCGGCCAUUUUGAAAGUGCUGACGCGGGUGAAUCGCUUCCAGGAGCGCGUCCAGAAGCACAUAGAUGACAACUACACGGAGUUCAUGCCCAACCACACCUCGCCGGACCUCUUCCUCGAGGAGUCCGCUUCGCUGAGCCGGGAGAUCCACGAUCUCCUCGAGACAGUGGGCUCCGAGGGACUGGGCGCCCUGGAGGAGGCGAAUGCCAAGUUGGCGCGGAGUGGAAGGCAGCUGCGCGAGAUCCUCCUGGGCCUGGCGGUCAGCGAGCAUGUGCUCAAGAUCGACGAGCUGUUCCAGUGCGUGGAGGAGGAGAAGGCCACCAAGGAUUACCUGGCCAUCCUGGAUCUGGUCAGCCGUUUGAGGGCCUUCGUCUAUGGCGAGGAUGCUGAUCCGCCGGUGGCCUCGGUCGAGGUGCGACGCGUCUUCCAGGCGCUCGACUGCUACGAGACCAUCAAGGUGAAGUACCACGUCCAGGCGUAUCUGCUGCAGCAGACGCUCCAGGAGCGCUUCGAUCGUUUGGUGCAGCUGCAGAGCAAGUCCUUCCCCACCUCGCGCUGCGUCACGCUGCAGGUGAGCCGGGAUCAGGCCCAGCUGCAGGACAUCGUGCAGGCCCUCUUCCAGGAGCCCUACAAUCCGGCCGCGCUCUGCGAAUUCCUGCUGGACAACUGCAUCGAGCCGCUCAUCCUGCGGCCCGUGAUGGCCGAGUAUAGCGAAGAAGAUGCCGACUCUGGGUCCCACGUUCGUCUCUCCCUCUCCUAUGCCACCGGCAAGCCCAGCUCCGAGCAGCUGCGUCCGAACUACAAGCAGGUGCUGGAGAACUUCCGGCUGCUGCUGCAAACGCUGGCCGGGAUCAACAGCAGCGUGUCGUCCAGCGGACAGCAUGUGUUCAGCAUCAUCGGGGAUCAUGUGAAGGACAAGAUGCUGCAGCUGCUGGUGGACGAGUGCCUCAUACCGGCUGUGCCCGAGACCAUGGAGGAGUACCAGUCCGCGACGCUGUGUGAGGAUGUCACCCAGUUCGAGCAGCUGCUGGCCGACUGCUUCCUCAUCAAUCCCGAGCACGAUCGAGCACUGGGGCGAUUUGUCGAGCAGUACGACACCUACUACCGCAAUCGACUGUUUCGGCGAGUCCUGGAGACGGCGCGCGAGAUCAUCCAGCGGGAUCUGCAGGACAUGGUGCUGGUGGCGGCCAACAACGGGCCUACCGAGGUGGCCAGCGAUCCCUUCCUCUUCCCGCGCUGCAUGAUCUCGAAGAGUGCGCAGGACUACGUCAAGCUGAUGGACCGCAUCCUGCGGCAGCCCACGGAAAAGGCGGGCGAGAGCGAGGCGGAUCCCCUGACCGGCGUCAUCUCCAUCAUGCUGCACACCUACAUCGAUGAGGUGCCCAAGGUGCACCGCAAGCUGCUGGACAGCAUUCCCCAGCAGGCGGUGCUGUUCCACAACAACUGCCUGUAUUUGACCCACUGGGUGGCCCAGCAUGCCAGCAAGGAGAUCGAGAAUUUGGCGGCUUUAGCCAAGACGCUGCAGGCCACAGGGCAGCAGCAUUUCCGCGUGCAGGUCAGCUACCAAUCCUCCAUUCUCAUGGAGAUCAUGCAGGGCUUCGAGUUCGAGAGUCCGCACACCCUGGGCUCCGCUCCUCUGAAACUGGUGCGCCAGUGCCUUCGUCAACUGGAACUGCUCAAGAACGUGUGGGCCAAUGUGCUGCCGGAAACAGUGUACAAUGCCACCUUCUGCGAACUGAUCAACACCUUUGUCGCCGAGCUCAUCCGUCGCGUUUUCACGCUGCGCGACAUUUCCGCCACAAUGGCCUGCGAGCUGAGCGACCUCAUCGACGUGGUGCUGCAGCGGGCGCCCGCCCUCUUCGGCGAGCCAAACGAAGUGGUGCAAGUGCCCAGCUGGCUGAAGCUGCAGCAGCUGAAGGCCAUGAUGAACGCCUCGCUCAAGGAGAUCACGGAGCUGUGGUGCGACGGCGCCGGGCCGCUGACCGCCAGCUACAACGCCGACGAGAUCAGGCACCUCAUCCGGGCGCUCUUCCAGGACACGGAUCGUCGGGCCAAGGCCAUCACGCAGAUUGCAUAGGAAUGGAGUUACUGAAAUAUAUUUUGAUAAUAUCGAGUUGUAAAUAAUUAUAUAUCACGUCUUAAAUUGA